CGUCCGAUCAUGUCCACCUUACCUUUAUUUCCACUCCAGUCUUGUCACUUUGUCUAUUCAGCUUUAAAAAGAGAAGAGAUGUUGGUUUUUUCAGUUUGAUUUAUCUAAAGAAUAUACAGCAAUUUGUAUGUGUGAAUUAUGAUUGAGGAAACGUGUACAAGCGGAUGCGAAAGCACUGAAGAAGUUUCAACAAUGGAGGUUCCAAAUUCCCAUGAAGACGUGCGGCGGAGUAGAGAUACAGAUGUUUCGAGCUCCGGCACCGGUAAGAGAAGAAGAUUGGAUUCUCAAGCUCAGGAGAAUAUUUUUCAGCUUCGGUUUCAGUCUCGACGUGAAAUUGACUUCAAUUUCCAUGAGAAUGUUGUUUUGACGGCGGAGUCCGGUGUUUCUGAUCAUGCUUCGUCGUUUAUCUGCUCUAUCAAUGACGAUUCGAGACCAGAUCUGAAGGCGGAAUGUCUUUCCGAAACCGAAAUCUUCAUGUCCAGUAACGACGGUUUCAGUAGAGAGACAUCUGCAUCAAGCGUGGUUUCAUUAGAAUCAGAAGAAAUGGAGCCGUUAUCAACCUCUACUCCAAAGAAGAAGAAGACCUCAACAGCAAACGAAGCUACUUCCGGUCAUAAACCACCACCGGAAAAGUCUCCUUCUCCGGCUGAGCUUGAAGAAUUUUUCUCGGAAGCUGAAAAGUACGAAAAGAAACGAUUCACAGAAAAGUACAACUAUGAUAUCGUGAAAGAUGUUCCGAUGGAAGGAAGCCUGCCACAAAUCCGGGAAAAUGAGCGAAGGCACGUGGAAAGUGGGGUGGAGUGUGUUGCUAACUUUGAUCAUGCUUCGGAUCUGAUGUAA